CGGCGGCGAGCCCCGAUGAGGCGGCCCCGGCCCCGCAGCAGCGCCCCCGGCCCGAUGGAGGCCCCGCCGUGGGACCCGGUCCGCAACGACUCGCUGCCGCCCACGCUCACCCCCGCGGUGCCCCCGUACGUGAAGCUCGGCCUCACCAUCGUCUACACCGUGUUCUACUCGCUGCUUUUCGCGUUCAUCUACGCGCAGCUCUGGCUGGUGCUGCGCUACCGCCACAAGCGGCUCAGCUACCAGAGCGUCUUCCUCUUCCUCUGCCUCCUCUGGGCCUCCCUGCGGACCGUCCUCUUCUCCUUCUACUUCAAAGACUUCGUGGCGGCCAACGCGCUCAGCCCCUUCGUCUUCUGGCUGCUCUACUGCUUCCCCGUCUGCCUGCAGUUCUUCACGCUCACGCUCAUGAACUUGUACUUCACGCAGGUGAUUUUCAAAGCCAAGUCAAAAUAUUCUCCAGAAUUACUCAAAUACCGGUUACCCCUCUACCUGGCCUCACUCUUCAUCAGCCUCGUUUUCCUGUUGGUGAAUUUAACCUGUGCAGUGCUGGUGAAGACAGGAAAUUGGGAGAGGAAGGCCAUUGUCUCCGUGCGUGUGGCCAUUAAUGACACACUCUUUGUGCUGUGUGCCGUCUCUCUCUCCAUCUGCCUCUACAAAAUCUCCAAGAUGUCCUUAGCCAACAUUUACUUGGAGUCAAAGGGCUCCUCUGUGUGUCAAGUGACUGCCAUUGGUGUGACCGUCAUCCUGCUUUAUACCUCCCGAGCCUGCUACAACCUGUUCAUCCUGUCAUUUUCUCAGAGCAAGAAUGUCCAUUCCUUCGAUUAUGACUGGUACAAUGUAUCAGAUCAGGCGGAUCUGAAGAAUGAGCUGGGCGAUGCUGGCUAUGUGGUGUUUGGCGUGGUCCUAUUUGUGUGGGAGCUCUUACCUACCACCUUGGUCGUUUACUUCUUCCGAGUUAGGACCCCUGCAAAGGACCUUACCAACCCUGGAAUUGUCCCCAGCCAUGGAUUCAGCCCCAGAUCUUAUUUCUUUGACAACCCACGAAGAUAUGAUAGUGACGAUGACCUUGCCUGGAACAUUGCCCCUCAGGGACUUCAGGGAAGCUUUGCCCCAGACUACUAUGAUUGGGGACAGCAAACGAACAGCUUCCUGGCACAAGUGGGAACUCUCCCACCAGACUCAGCUUUGGAUCCUGACAAACCAAGCCACGGGUAGCAUCGGGAAACAGUUUUAUGGAAGAUUCCUCAAGUGAAGAGCUUCAAAGAGACUAACUUAAUGAAUUUUUAAGCUGAAUUUUUAAGGCACUUUUCCUUAAGAAAUAGGACUUGAUGUUUAUUUGUUACAGGUUUCUAAUGGCUCCAUAGGACUAAGCAAUAAUUCAGAUUGAUAAAACCUUAUUUUAGUACUAAAAAAGUGAGCCUGGCUGCCUAUUUCAGUGGGUAUAAUUUAAACUUUAAAAAAAUUCUGUACUUUUAUAAAGAUAUAUUUUAUAUAACUUAACACUAGAAUAUAUACUAGCAUUUUUUUGAGAAUGUUAUUGCAAUAUGUUUGUAGUUUGCACAGACUUUUAUGCAUAAUUCACUUUAAAAGCAUACAGUACACGGUCUGAUGGUUGUUUAAGGCUUUUGGGCUAAAGUAUUCUCCAGAUCCUUACCUCUUCAGAUCGUACAGAUACUGAGUUUCAUGCCUGGUAGACUCUAAACAUAGUUGACGUCUAGAAAGUCAGUUACAACUCCAGUGUUAAAAGCUACAACUCUGUUAAAAGCAGAGUAUCAACAGACUACAUACAAGGUCAUUGAUUCCUUCCUUCGAGUUAGGUCCAGACAGUUGUUCCCUCAAAGAAUCUCCAGAAUUUUGCCAAAACAGUGGUACUUCUUUCAGCAGGGCACUAACGUAUACACUUCAGUGAUAAGUGGAUACGUUAAAAACAUGGAUAAAAUUGACACCACUAAACCACCUCUACUAUCUUCAGAAACUCUGCAGUUUUCAGCCCAGUGAACUCCCAUAUCCGUUACCUCAGUAUUUUUGCAAGACUGCACCUUUCCCAAUCACUGACAUUCAGUACAUUCAAGGAACAAAGGAGAGGUUGUCAAAGGGGAUAAAUAAUAAAUGCCCUUGAUCCAGAAGACUGUAUGGCAUCCAAAUAGUUUUCCUGUAAUUUCCCACCCUAUUUAAAAUAAUGUCCUGUAUUUUUAAAUUGCUCUGAAAAGCAGGCUAUUAGAAGCAGUGGCUAAAAAAUGAGAGUAGCAUCUCAGUGUACUAUAGCAGGAUUCCUGGAGCUCAGUCGUGUAAGAGGGCAUGUUACAGACAAUGGCUUGUAAGUCGUCUUCUGCUGAAAUGAAAUACUAGUUCUCCAGCCGCGGGUAUGAUUCUAAAACCUCCAAGAUGUAUACAGGUAAAACUGCCUGCAAUAGGAAACUGUGGUGCAAGGCUCCCUUGGGGAGGUUAAAUGCUCUUAUUUUCCUUAAAGCAGAGGGAAGGCUCUAGAGGAUUUACUGUCACCAGAGAGACAGUAUCCACUCUGCCUAGGAAAUGUCAUCUCUCGAGACAGGAUGAGGAGGAGCAGAUGAAGAAAAAGUAGGGUUAAUAAGUUCUGCCUUCAUGGGGAAAGCCAUUUCAAAUGUCUCUUAUUUCCUAUUUUGGUCUUCCGAAAGGAUUUAUCUCUGGGCGUUGAUUUCACAGAGAUCAAGUCUACUUCUCUUGAUGGUAAUUAAAAUUGCCAUCUCAAGGUUUAAAUGCCUUGUGAUUGGGAUUCUCAUUUGUAUAGAACGCCUUUAUCCUGCAUAAUCCCACAUAAUAGUGUUCUUGCCUUUCAGCAUUUGGAAGAAUUGCAGUCACAUAUUAUUGAAAAUAGUUACUGUCAGGGAAAAUUCUAGACUGAAGCAAAAUUUGCACUGAUUAUUUGGGUUGCCUUAAAAUAUUAUAAGUUGUUAUUAUUCUAAAUAGCUUUAGGAACAUCCUACUUGUCAUACUUUGUUACUAAUACUUAGGAGAAUUUAAAGGGAGUCCCAGCAUAUGCUUAAAACUUUAAAUCGUGCUUUCAGAAAGUACUUUAAUUAGGAUAUCCAAGGGCAGGUAUAUUUUAAAAAAUACAGUAAUUUAAAAAAAUCACUAAAAUCAUCCAAGUAUUAUACUCCUGCUGUAUCAACACAUUAUUAUUCUGUUAUUACUGGUAGGAAAAUGGAAAUAUCCAGCAUUAAGUGAUAAAAGCCAUAAUCUAUUUUUAUAAUAAAGCUGCUACUAUUUGAACUAUUUUUUUAUUGGAAAGAAUAAAAAUGUUAUAAGAGCCUAUUUUUCCCUUCCCUUUUUAAAAAAAGUAGUGCUAAAGCACAAAUAUUAUAAACACAUCCAUAAUAUAAAUAGGAUUGUAGCAAACUAUCUUUAUCUCAUAGUAAAUGACCAUGUAUACCCUGUGAAAUAUUAUAGAUAUGAUAGGUACGCAAAGAGAAAUUAAGAUUUCUUUAGGUUCCUAAUUAUAUUGUGUUGUGAACGAGGUCACUACCAAAGCUCCUCCUCAGGUGGAAUAGUAAAGACUCAGAGAAGGCAAAGAAUGGGGAUGGGAUUACCCAUUGUCAAAUACAGAGAUGCCCUUCUGUUUUAAGGCAACAUGAUGAAAUUAAAACCCUGGUCAUUUGAAAGUUAAAAAUGUAGGGGCAAAAGGCAAUGUCACUAAAAAUUUUGUAUGAAGUCUAAUUCAACACUAAAGGCUGCACAUGGCUGUUUCUGUGCACCUACUGGAAAUCUGCAGGUUAUUGUCUAAAAAUGCCAACUGGUUUGUGUAGAUAUUUUUUCACUGGCUCUUUUUUUUCUUUCUCCAAUUAACUCACUUGGUUGAGCCAAUAUUACAACAUCAAGAGUAUGUCACACAUGGAGCUGUGGACUGUAAGUAGUUUUUUGACUCUUACAAUAUGCACAUCAGUUACAUUGAGUUAUGCCGAUUUUUUCUCGGAUGUACCAGGCAUGUUGUUAAAACUCUGCUGGUUACCAUGUCUAGCUAUGUAGAUCAAGCACACUUGCUGGUGUAUCCCCAAAUAUCCUCUUUUACCAAAAUCCAAUAGAACUGCUCUUUGUUGGCCUUGAACACUUAAUUCCUAUCAGGAGGAAAGGAAUAGGCAUUAGUAAAUCCCAGAGCAUGAAAAGUACUUAAGAGAAAAAGGUUUAUAUAUUUACAUAGAUGUUACUAGUCUAUUUUAAUUUUUCUAAAAUUAUCUUUUUAUUUCUUUAACAAAGGUACACUUAGAAUUAAAUGGGCCUAAAUAUUUGAAGUUUUUAAAAAGAUUUCCAACUAAAGAAACUUUGUUUAAAAAAAUAAUCUUGUUUUCACUUCAGAAUGCUAGAUAAUAAAAUCUAGACAAGUGUAGGUCUGAUCAAAGACAUCUUUCCAAAAAAAAAAAAAAAAAAAAGACAUCUUUCCCAUUUUUGGCCCCAGGGGAGAAUUUUAUUUAAAAAAAAAAAUUCUAACUGUGCAUAACCAUUUAAGACUUCUCAUGGUCCAGAGGAGCUGCUGGAAAGGAUCAGGCUAAAAAGUAGAAUUCUCAUCAAAAACUAUAAAGUGGUCAAAGUGAGGAAACACUUAAAAAGGAAUGGAGGGAAUGGAAUUCACUGUCUACUGCAUGCCUGUUACAUGCUAGACAAUGAACGACUGGGUGUUUGCUGGUCUGAGUGUCCAGUCUGUAAACCGUUCCAUUAACCCUACUCAAGGCCCUUAGUAGGGAUAUGUGGAAAACCUCUUGCACCAAUGGGCCCAAAUACCUGGAAGCAUGUGAAAGAUGUCCCUGUGCCUCCAACCUAGCUAUCUGUGCAAAUUCCCUGUACCUGUCAUGCAGCAAUCUGGGCCUGGGAAUCGAAGGUGGGUUCUGUCAGUGUGGAGUUCUUUCUGCCCAGGUCAGCAGGUAGGGGGUUAGAGUCCUCAGAUCCAAAUCCAGGGACUCAGCAGCUACUAAUGGUUUCUGCCUGGUUCCUCUAAAGAUGGAUUUCUUUCAUCUAUUCCCUGACCUGGAACUGAAACCGAUUCUGUUUUCCCAGAAACUGGUUAUACCUUGCCAAGAUUAAUUCCAUUGUAGCCUCCAAAAGGGACUUCCCUUUUGCGGUGUGGUUGCCCUACUGCUCAGAAUAGUAGACUCUAUCUCCAGAACCUAUUUUCUGCCUCUGAACUUCAGUGUGGACAGAACAGGAGAUCAGAUGCCUCCUCCCUCUAGCUGGAUUUAUGACCUCAUUCUCUCUAGCCUGUACGAGCCCUAAAUCCCCCACUUUCUCUGAACCUGUUUCCCUCCAGUCCCUUUGCAGUCCCAAGUCCUGGAGCUCCUUGAAGGCAUGGAGAUAUAAAAGGGCUUACCAGGGCCAUUCAGUUUGUGUUGCUGAGAAUCCUUGGCUGUCCCCUUACUGAAUUCACUAGCCCAGAGCUUAGGUUUGCAGACUUAAAAACCUAUCUGAGGGGAGAACACCUAUUUGGAUGUAUAUUGUUAAGGAAAUCUAUAUGGAAAGUGAGAUAAUGUAUCAGACUGCUGCCUGACUCAGACACAGACUCUGACUCUGGUAUUAGCUGGAUGAUUUUAUUUUGUGACAACUUGAUGGCACUGUCAAGCAGACACUAAGAUUCAUUCACAUUGAGGGCAUCCUCUCCACCAGACAGGUUUCUAUGUUAGCUAUUCCUCUUCAAUGAACGUAUUCUUUCUCUGGGUGAAUUCUCAGUAUAAACCAGAUAUAGCCUAGUUAGGUUACAGAAUUCAUAAGUUACAUGAUGGCAGGAACAGCUGUGUUUUGUUCACUGCUAUGUUCCCAGCACAAACAACAGUAAAUGGUCAAAUCCUGUUCUUGUGGUAGAUGGUCUUUCUUUUUCAAAGGUAACUUCUCUCACUUGCAUUUUUAUCCACGGCAUAUGGAUUUGACCAGUAUAAGGGCCUAUCCCUGUUUUCUCACAUAUCUAACUUUUGGGUAAGGGAAUUAAUUCAUAAUGUAAUUUUAAAAAGGAAAUAAGGAUUUUACAUAAAGACAACCUCCAGGAAUGAUUUGAGACAGAUUGGGUUCUCACUGACAUGAAAUUCUGUCUCCGUCUAUGCAGGCACUACAUGCCCACUCUUUGCCCUCACCUGUUUGGGCACUGGCAGAUAGAAUACUGAAAUAAUGAACAGUAAAAAGUAGAUCUUUAUCAGCUAAAGUAUAAAAUUAAAAGAAUAGGGACGCAUGAAAGUGGUUAAAAGUGCGCAACUCUUGAGAAAACACUGAAUUGAGCAAAGUUCCAGCAUAAUCUAUAUGUUAGUGAAUUUUUUUUUCUAAAGCUCAUAUGAAAUAAAUAAGCACAGCUAAAUAAAACUUUUUUAAAAGGGUGGCAGUUGGGGAGAAGAGGGAGCCAACACACCAGAUAUUUAAACACAGACCCUGAGUAAUUAAAAUAGCUGUGGUCCUGGUGGCUGAGUAAACAGACCAAUGAAACAGAAAGAGAACCCAGAUAUGGAGCUAAUUCUGUGUGCGAUGCGAGAUAUAAUAAAUGAAGCAUCUCAGACUAGGGAGGACAUGAUACAACUGUUCAGUCAAUGGUAUUGGAAUAACUGGAUGAUCACCUAGGAAGAAAUGAGGCUGGAUCUGUAACUUACAUCCUACACUGGGACACACUCCAAAGGGAUCAAAACUUAGAUCUAAAAAACCUCCAAAAGAAACAAUAGGUGAAUAACUGCUGUGUAAAGAAGGUGUUUAAACUAUGACUCAAGCCCAGAAACCACUGAGAAACAGAAAUUAAAAAAAAAAAAAUCACAAGGCAAAAACCACCAUAAGCCAAGUCAAAAGACAGACACCAACUUAAAAAGAAAUUUAGAGCCCACCAAAAAGGAGUAAUAUGUAACCAGGUACUCCUAUAAACAAGGUCAACAAUGCAGUAGAAAAGUGGGCAACAGGUAUGAAUGUGAGGAACACAAGUGGAUCUUAAACAUGUUAAAAGGAGUCAACCUCAGUUGAAGUAUGAAAAAUAGAAACUAAAACACAUUAAUCUGUAAUUUUGUACCUAUCAGAAUGGCAAACAUCAUACCCACAUCCACGCAGGUAAGGUUGUGGGUGAGCAUGCAGUGUCUUAAGUUGCAGAUGGAUAUGUGAACUGGGUAACUGCCUUGAUGGAGGGAAAUACUCUAUUUUUCAAAAUUAUAAAUAUACACGGUCUGUAACUCCAAAAUUCCAUUUAGGGGAAUUUAUUCUACAAGAACAUAUUUAUGUAUGUGUGAAAUGACAGGAUAUACACAAGGUUUGGAAACCAUCCAAAUGCCCAUUAGUAGGGGAUUGGUUAAACAAUUGUAUGAAUAUAUAAUGGGAUACCAAGCAGUUAUUGAAAAAAAAAAAAAACUUUAACGAGUAAGCUAUCUAGGGAUGUGGGAAGAGUACCAACAAAAAGAAAGUGAAUAAAAGUACAUGGUAUGUAUAAGAUGCCACUCUUUGGGGAAAAAAAAUGAGAGGAACAGUUAAGACUUUACAUUUGUAUUUGUUUGUAUAUGCCUAAAAUAUGUAUGGAUGGAAACAGAAGAAACCCCAAACCAGAGGUUAUGGGGGUGAGGGGUGGGACGUACAGUAUGGGCAGUUGGGCUGAGGACCAGAAGAAGACAUUCCACUGUGUAGUCUUCCAUGUUUUUUUGGUUUUUUGAACCAUGUGAAUGUAUUAGCAUUUGAAAAAUAAAGAUUUUAAAAGCCUUA